GGCCAAACCUAAAUUCAAGCCGUUCAUAAUGCCCAACCUCAUCCCACCUAAGAUCCCAGAUGGAGAGAAGGUAGAUUUUGAUGACAUCCACAGGAAGCGCAUGGAGAAGGAUCUGAAUGAGCUGCAGACACUGAUCGAGGUUCACUUUGAAAGCAGGAAGAAGGAGGAGGAGGAGCUUAUCAACCUCACAGACAGGAUUGAGAAGCGACGUUCUGAACGAUCAGAGCAGCAAAGGAUCCGCAGCGAACGAGAGAAAGAACGACAGAAGAGGUUGGAGGAUGAGAGGACUCGUAAAGAGGAGGAGGAGGCAAAGAGGAAAGCAGAUGACGAUGCUAAGAAGAAGAAGACGUUGACCAGCCUACACUUUGGAGGCUACAUGCAGAAGAUGGAGGUCAGAGGGAAGAGACAGACAGAAAGAGAGAAGAAGAAGAAGAUUCUACAGGACAGACGAAAGUCUCUGGACAUCGAGAACAUGAGCCAGGACAAACUGAAAGACAAGGCCCAGGAGCUGUGGCUGUGGCAGCAGGAGCUGGAGGCUGAGAAGUUUGAUCUGCAGUAUCAGAUUAGCAGACAGAAGUAUGACAUUAACGUCCUCCGCAACAGAGUGUCAGACCACCAGAAGACCACCAAGAGAACCAAGAGAGGCCUGAGGAAGUAGAGAGAUAUUGAAGAGGGACUGAAGAGGGACUGACGUAGACUGAAGAGGGACUGAAGUAGACUGAAGAGGGACUGACGUAGACUGGCUGAGGGACUGAAGUAGACUGAAGAGGGACUGACGUAGACUGGCUGAGGGACUGAAGUAGACUGGCUGAGGGACUGAAGUAGACUGAAGAGGGACUGACGUAGACUGGCUGAGGGACUGAAGUAGACUGAAGAGGGACUGAAGUAGACUGGCUGAGGGACUGAAGUAGACUGGCUGAGGGACUGAAGUAGACUGAAGAGGGACUGAAGUAGACUGGCUGAGGGACUGAAGUAGACUGGCUGAGGGACUGAAGUAGACUGGCUGAGGGACUGAAGUAGACUGAAAAGGGACUGAAGUAGACUGGCUGAGGGACUGAAGUAGACUGGCUGAGGGACUGAAGUAGACUGGCGGAGGGACUGAAGUAGUCUGAUGAGGGACUGAUGUAGGCGGAAGUGGGACGGAAGUAGACUGGCUGAGGAGAUCAGCUGUCUGACCUAUUUGUCUACUGUCUGAUCACUCUCCUUCCUACAUCUCUCCUUCCUUCCUACAUCUCUCCUUCCUUCCCACAUCUCUCU